AUGCAUUGCACAGGUACUGGUCAUCUACGGCUUAGCUUAGGCUUAGGCUUAGGCUUAGGCUUAGGCUUAGGCUUAGGCUUAGGCUUAGGCUUAGGCUUAGGCUUAGGCUUAGGCUUAGGCUUAGGCUUAGGCUUAGGCUUAGGCUUAGGCUUAGGCUUAGGCUUAGGCUUAGGCUUAGGCUUAGGCUUAGGCUUAGGCUUAGGCUUAGGCUUAGGCUUAGGCUUAGGCUUAGGCUUAGGCUUAGGCUUAGGCUUAGGCUUAGGCUUAGGCUUAGGCUUAGGCUUAGGCUUAGGCUUAGGCUUAGGCUUAGGCUUAGGCUUAGGCUUAGGCUUAGGCUUAGGCUUAGGCUUAGGCUUAGGCUUAGGCUUAGGCUUAGGCUUAGGCUUAGGCUUAGGCUUAGGCUUAGGCUUAGGCUUAGGCUUAGGCUUAGGCUUAGGCUUAGGCUUAGGCUUAGGCUUAGGCUUAGGCUUAGGCUUAGGCUUAGGCUUAGGCUUAGGCUUAGGCUUAGGCUUAGGCUUAGGCUUAGGCUUAGGCUUAGGCUUAGGCUUAGGCUUAGGCUUAGGCUUAGGCUUAGGCUUAGGCUUAGGCUUAGGCUUAGGCUUAGGCUUAGGCUUAGGCUUAGGCUUAGGCUUAGGCUUAGGCUUAGGCUUAGGCUUAGGCUUAGGCUUAGGCUUAGGCUUAGGCUUAGGCUUAGGCUUAGGCUUAGGCUUAGGCUUAGGCUUAGGCUUAGGCUUAGGCUUAGGCUUAGGCUUAGGCUUAGGCUUAGGCUUAGGCUUAGGCUUAGGCUUAGGCUUAGGCUUAGGCUUAGGCUUAGGCUUAGGCUUAGGCUUAGGCUUAGGCUUAGGCUUAGGCUUAGGCUUAGGCUUAGGCUUAGGCUUAGGCUUAGGCUUAGGCUUAGGCUUAGGCUUAGGCUUAGGCUUAGGCUUAGGCUUAGGCUUAGGCUUAGGCUAG